CACACCAGGAAGUUACCAGAUUGUUCUAGACCCCAGCUCUGACUUUCCGGCAUUCUUUCUCAUGUCUGACUAUUUUGUUCUGACCACAGAUUGCCUGUUGACCACCCUGUGUUGCCUUAUUCCCCCAGAUUCUGAUUACCUAUUGUGUACCGACCCUCUAUCUCCUCCCCGACCUCUCUCUUGUGGAUCUCUCAGCUGUAGCUGUUUACCGGCGCUGACCUUGGACUAUAUUAUCGACCUGAUUUUAAAGCUGGACUUUGUACUUUUGUUUUGAGUGUUACUAGUAAAAAGACUAUUCUCUACCUCAGUCCGUCUGGCAAUAUAAUUGAGUUCACUACAAACACUAUUUGGCAGCUUCACCCGCCAAACCUGACACCCUAACUCUGUGCUUCAGUAGCUCUUCACUGGGAUUGGACCAAACAGACUAGCCUUUGCUCACAUCAGUGAGCCUUGGGUGUCCAUGACCCUGUCACCGGUUCACUGUUUGGUCUUUCCUUGGACCACUUCUGAACCAACAGAACACCAGCAAAUUCAGAAUUGUUUCAAAGAACAAACAAUGUGAGCACAGAACUGGUGGUGCUCCUUUAUUACUCAGAUAAAUAUUCGAGUUACAACCAUGGAUGCUGAGCUAGAGUUUGCCAUCCUGCCCAGCACAACUGGCAAACAGCUUUUUGACCAGGUGGUGAAGACUAUCGGGCUGAGAGAAACCUGGUUCUUUGGUCUCCAGUAUCAGGACAGCAAAGGCUUCUCCACCUGGCUCAAGCUGAACAAGAGGGUGACAGCUCAAGAUAUGAAGAGGGGCAGCCCUUUGCUGAUUAAGUUCAGGGCUAAGUUUUAUCCUGAGGAUGUUGCUGAUGAACUGAUCCAGGAGGCAACGCAGCGCCUCUUCUUUCUGCAGGUAAAAGAGAGCAUCCUAAAUGAUGAUAUAUACUGUCCACCUGAGACUGCAGUGCUCUUGGCCUCGUAUGCAGUUCAAGUCAAACAUGGAGACUACAGGAAAGACUAUCAUGUACCAGGAUACCUUGCAAGAGAGAAGCUUUUGCCACAAAGGGUUUUGGAGCAGCACAAGCUGAAUACGAAUCAGUGGGAAGAAAGAAUACAGGUGUGGUAUCAAGAGCACAAAGGAAUGCUGAGAGAAGAUGCCAUGGUGGAGUAUUUGAAGAUAGCCCAGGAUUUGGAGAUGUAUGGGGUCAACUACUUUAGCAUCAAGAACAAAAAAGGAUCAGAGCUGUGGCUGGGGGUGGAUGCCCUGGGUCUAAAUGUCUACGACAAAAAGGACAAGAUGACACCAAAAAUUGGCUUCCCCUGGAGUGAGAUCAAAAACAUUUCCUUCAAUGACAAGAAGUUUGUCAUCAAACCCAUUGACAAGAAGGCUCCGGACUGUGUUUUCUACGUACCUCGUCUUCGCAUCAACAAACGUAUCCUGGCAUUGUGCAUGGGGAAUCAUGACCUGUACAUGCGUAGACGUAAACCUGACACCAUUGAGGUGCAGCAGAUGAAGGCCCAGGCCAGGGAGGAGAAGAACAAGAAGCAGAUGGAGAGGGCUCUGCUUGAGAGCGAGAAAAAAAGGCGAGAAAAUGCUGAGAAGGAAACUGAGAAGAUUGCCCGUGAGACCAUGGAGCUGUUGGAGAGAUUGAGACAGAUUGAAGAGCAGACAAAGAGAGCUCAGGAUGAGCUGGAGGAGCAGACUCGCAGGGCUCUUGAGUUAGAGAAGGGGAGGACAAUUGCUCAGGAGGAGGCUGAGCGCUUGGACAACGACUGCCGAGCUGCAGUGGAGGCUAAAGCAGCCCUACUACACCACUCUGAAACCCAGAUCGAGAACCAGGAAAGCCUGGCUACUGAGCUGGCAGAGCUUACCUCUAAGAUCUACCAGCUGGAAGACGCUAAGAAGAAAAAGGACGAGGAGGCAAAGACAUGGCAGAAAAGGGCGAUGAUGGUAGAAGCCGAUUUAGAACGAACCAAAGAGGAGCUGAAGACUAAGCUCAUGGGCGUCCACAUCCAGGAUUCGGUCCACCCUAGUAUGCACGAACACGAUGAGACAGACGAGAGCAGCGCAGAGGCCAGCGCUGAGCUGAUGUCACCAGGCACGGUCCGAGAUCGCAGUGAGGAAGAAAGAGUAACAGAGACCCAGAAAAACCAGAGACUGCAGAAAAACCUUAAGUUCCUGAGCACCGAGCUAGCUGGAGCUGUAGACGAGAGCAAAAAGACCCCCAAUGACCUGAUCCACGCUGAGAAUGUGAAGGCAGGCCGUGACAAAUACAAGACCCUACGUCAGAUUCGUCAGGGCAACACCAAACAGCGCAUUGAUGAAUUUGAGUCUAUGUGAGACCAUCUGCACCAGGCCUACUCAGACCGAAGACAAGGAUAGGUGAUGAUUUGGACACACAGAAAUGUGGGAACUGUAGGUGAAGACUAAUACAUAAAUGAACCUGAAAAAACAGAUUGAAUGCCACAGCAAAUGAUAGUGAUACUGUGCUUAGAUGGCUGUAAUGUUGAUAUUUCUGAUGCCUUUUCAUUAGAGGAUAAGGUACACAGAAAUUGACAACUAUCCUUGGAAAUAUAUUUUUAAUUUCAAAUGGACACAUUAUACAUAACUGGUCUAGUUCAGUUUUUCAAACAUAUUACACAAGCACCUUGUCACUACUCUCAUUUAUGAACAGGUUUAACUGAUCAUAAACUGAUGAAACCUUUAUUACUGUAAUAUAAACUAAAGAAGUCAACAGCAUUUAAGGCACCCAGAAGUUAAAUUCUCCGGUCUUUUUGCAGAAAUAAAAUACAAACAAAAUGUGUGUGUGUGUGUCAGUUCCCAUUUGAAUGGUUAAGCAUCAAGGUGCCUAAUGAAGCAAACUGUGCAGCAGAAAAACAGACGAGCUGCAUUAAAGAUAAAAGCCAAUUACCACUUUCAAAUGGGCGUUUGUUUAUCCAAUAUAAAUAUACAGAAAAUAAAUAAACUGGCACUAAUAUCGUUUAUGUAAUCGACAAGUCUUCCACUUCAACACCUCUACCAGUCAGAUAACUCAGCCACAAACCCUUUUUUUGUUUGUUUUAUUUCUAACACACAUAAAGAAAUAUCCCUAAAUGAAUCGAAUUGUGCUUAUUUAGCUGUCUACACAGCUAAACACGGGCUUUUCUACAUCCUUCUUGUUGCUGACUGCUCAUCCAUCACCCGUAGGAUGGUUUGUGGCUCCUCUGGAGACAUUUAUCAUUUUGUUUGUGAAUUAUGUGUGUGUGUCGACUACAAACAAGCUUAUAACAAUGAAAAAAGUUGUCGAUCAAUGAAUUAAACUAAAUAAAUAUAUAGCG